AUGCCAGUAGAUAAACCACCCAGCUACUCUAGUACUGCCACUUCCAAUCAGUUACCUUCCACUGAAUUUGAUUCUAAUUCAUCUCAUUCAACUUCUCCUCCAGAAUAUGUACAAGUUACGGCGCCUCCUCCAGCUUAUCGCUCGAGUCCGAGAAUCGCUAGAAAUAUGGGGCCCUUUGGUAUCCAAGAGGAGGAUCCUAUGGUUUGGGGAAAUGAGCUCGAUAGAAUUUCAAACAGUAUCACAAGAAGUGCCAUUUACCAAAUUAUUAUGAAAGAGCCACAAAAACCAAUGACAAUAGAAAAGAAGAUCAAACUGGGAGCGUAUUUACUUGCAGUGGUUAUUUUCAUAAUUAUCUGUGCUUAUCUCUUCUCCAACACUUCAUCUGGCUCUAAAAAAGGAAGCCAUCAGCCUACAGAAGACUAUGAGACUGAUGAUGAUUUUAUUCAAUUCUCAACGUGA